UAGAGCAGUAGGCGGACAGAGCUUGCGCUCAGCUAGCUUCGCUGCAAGCUAACGGUAGAAGGAAAACAUGGAGCUGUCGGCUGUCGGGGAGAGGGUGUUUGCUGCUGAAUCGAUCAUCAAGAGACGAAUACGCCGGGGUCACAUGGAAUAUCUCGUGAAAUGGAAGGGUUGGUCACCUAAGUACAGUACUUGGGAACCAGAGGAAAAUAUCCUAGACCCGCGUCUUUUCGUCGCAUUUGAAGAGAGGGAGCGUGAGCGAGAAAUAUUUGGUCCCAAGAAACGAGGGCCAAAACUCAAGACUUUUCUCCUAAAGGCCCAAGCUAAAGAAAAGGCAAAGUCGUAUGAAUUUAGGAAUGACUCAACUAGAGGCAUUCAUGUUACAUAUUCCAGUCCAGAGCCUGUAGUAGCCCCUAGAGCGAGAGAGGGCCUUCGCGCUGUGGUUCCCACCAUUUUCCCUCCCAGCACAGUCAACCGUGGUGAGAGUGUAAGGCUUCAGUCCCCAGAACCAAGAGAGCAUCAUUCGCCACACUCACCAAGACCCACAGAUGAAUUUAGCCUUACCCCAAAAAAGAGAGGACGGAAGCCCAAAUUACGCUUCACAGAUGGGUAUAUAAGCAAUUUGCAUCCAGAGCAUGUAAAACGGGCAGCAGAUGAAACCAUGGCAAGCAUUCCUUCUAAAAUGGCUAAGUUAGGUUUGGGGGAAGAUGAUGAGAGAUGCCCUGACAUAAGUGGGAGACUUAAAAUAUCUCACAAGGACUUGGAUGCUACCUGUUCACACAAACAAAGCAACGUCAUUCCAAGCAGGAGUACCCUGCACAUUUCUCCACAGUGGAGUUUGCAUUCCAGCAGAAUGGAGGCAGGCUUACUGGGCCACAGGACUAAUCCACAAUCAAACCACUUUCACCAGAAACACCUAAAGCACUAUUCAAAAAAAAGAACACUUGAACAUGGUGAUUCCACCAGCAGACAGCCUUCACUUAUUGCCAAAAUCCCAGUGUCGCAUAUAUUCAGAGAGCCUGGGGUGGAAGAUGCUUGGAGACCCUCCUUCAUAAAUGUGGAGAAAGUUAUAGUUACUGAUGUGACCACAAACUUCCUGACUGUAACAAUCAAAGAGAGUAAUACAGAUGAAGGCUUCUUCAAAGACAAAACAUGAUUUAUAUUUUCCAUCUUCAUACAAGUCAUUUUUGUUAUAAAUAUUCCACAUUGUGUAUGAAACUUUUUCUGUCACACUGAAAUCUGUAUUUAUUGUGAAACUGCUGCUUUAAGAGGAGUGCAUGCAGUAGACAUGUCCAACAAAGCUAAAACUGCAUUCAAAAACACAGGAGUUCUCAUUUGUUGUAAAUAUGUUUUAAUUAGUUUAUUGUCUCUAUAUUGCCCAUUAUAGUCAAUGUCUACAAUAAUAUUAAAACUACCAUACAUUGGCAUUUUUCACAACUAGCCUCACAAUAUUACCUCUUGUCAUUAUGUGAAAUGUAAAGUAAAUUUCUUUGGAAUUUUAUCACUUAUAUCAGCUUAUAUUGUCAGUUACCUUGUAUGCUUGUUCCAUGGUACAACAAACUUAAUAUGCAUAUUAAAAAGUGUCAAAUGAAAUUCAAAUUUUCAAAUCAAACUAAAAAGUAAACCACAGUAAUUAA